GCUUAGACUUGGAGAUCGCACACGCUCUGUGUUCGGUACUCCCGCGCUCUACUAGAAAGCAGGGUUAUUUAAGGAAAUUUUAUCAUUCCUUUUCACCCUCCUUCUCUGAUAGCUAAGUAUCUAGCCUAGGACGCAGUCUAGUGCGGAAGGGAUGGAAAGCUUCAUGCAGACCCAUGCUUUAUACACUCCUCGCAGGAUCAUGAAAAUCAUGACAUUAUGAUGAGCAUCCCUAGCAGCAGUUCAAGCUUUCCAUGCAUGCUAGGUAGGCGGCAGGUUACUGGCUGUUUUAUGUUCGACUGUAACCUCUGAGGACUGAUCUGCAGCACCAUGCCGGGUCUAGAUCACGAGAACUAAGGGAUCGAGAAGCAGUCAGAUUUAAGUGAACUCCUUUAAUAGGUUUGAACAACUAUGCGAGACGUUGAUAUAGAGAUGGUUCAAAGUUGUAAGUCAGCCAUGGCGGUUUUCCUUCCCUUCACCGUGAUGUCAGCUUUCGAAGUUCAAUUUACCAAAUGUCCGCGAACGCCUCCACAGACCCAGCGGCGGCGGCAGCGGCUGCUGCCGCUGCCCGUGCGGAUAUGACCCGCUUGUGGACCCUCUAUUCAUUCGGGGUGUCAGUGACGAUCCUCAGAACAUACGCUCGCAUCAAGGCUAUCGGGGCCAGGAAUCUCCAAGCAGAUGAUAUCUUGGUGUGGGUUGCUAUACUGUUCUAUAGCGCUCAGACAGCGUUGGCGCAUAACGUAGGGGCCGUUGCCCAAGGUCUUGCUAAUAAUGGCAUGACCGAUGUGCAACGUGCCACGAUCUCCCCUAGCGAUCCGGAAUACCAGAUGAGAGUAAUUGGAUCGAAAAUUCAGAUGGCCGGCUGGGCUACCUAUGCUGCGUUGAUGUGCUUUCUGAAGCUGUCCGUGUUAGCGUUUUAUAUCCGACUUACGAAUGGGUUAAGUCGCCGAUAUCUCCUCCAGAUACGGUUUGGAUUUGCUCUCGUCAUUGGGACCUCUCUGGCUUCGAUCCUCGCAGUCCUCUGUGGAUGUUCGCCUUUUUACAAAAAUUGGCAGAUCAACCCAGAUCCAGGAAACCACUGCCAACCCGCUAUAUCUCGACCUAUCAUCUGGACUUCAUUUGCUGCCAAUGCAUCCACUGAUAUAUAUCUGAUUCUGAUACCGAUACCUAUGCUGUGGGGUUCCUCCCUAAGACUUAUAAAGAAAGUGGCUUCUAGUGUUGUCCUGGGUGCUGGUAUAUUCGUUCUCGUUUGUGCUAUGCUAAAAACUAUUUUCGUCACUACGGAUCCUAUCAACGGCGCAGAACUUGCUGGCGAAUGGGGAACGGUAGAGGCUUUCGUCGCGGUAUUCACGACCAACCUCCCUAUGAUCUUCCCCCUUUUCAAGGCUUGGUUGAAGCCAGUCUUUAGCGAAUCCAACAAGCCAUACGUAAAACGCAGCGGAUUUAAUACCAUCGGUGGUGGUAGUGGUGGUAGCGGCGGAUCUGCUAGUCGGAAGCGCUAUAUGGGAGGACCUCCUAGCAUCAACCCGCUUACCACCAUUGGGAACGACAGCCUAGAACACAUAGUUAACGGCAUCUCGUUGCAAGAGUUAGAGGUCUCUGGAUCUGCUGCGGACCCAAAACAUCCUCGAGACGGAGUAUAUAUCUCUAAGAAAGUCGAAGUGACGAGCGAACAAGGAGGCAUCGGAAAUGACCGACGCGUUGGACGGGCCAUUUGAUGGGUUAGUAUGAAAGGCGUCAUUUUCCUAUCCUUAUACCCAAAAUUGAAGGCUGUUCUACCACCCAGCGACGAUACACAGGCGAGAUCAAGUGGUAUACUAUCGUGUUGACAGUAAAUAGCCUGAGUUGAUUCUUGGAUGCCUUAUAUACCCCACCGAGAAGAGAGUAUUUUGUUGAAAUUGGC